AUGGAUCAACAUUUAUCAUCUUCGCCCUCCCAGACGCGUUCACCCUCUGUUCUCACCCCGCAGGCAUUAUUCUCUUCUUCUUCCCAAGCUGCCUACUGCUCUUCGCCCGUGGACCUCGCCCAUGGCCCAAUACUAAAUCCGUACUCAUCCCCAUUGGCCAGGGUUCAUGCUCCUCAAUCUAACACCUUCAUCUCCAAUCCCCAAACUCAAGCGUUUCCUCCAGCCAUCGGCCCUUCAUUCGCACAGAGAACUUCCUUGCCUACCAACUACAACAUGCCUUCUAAUGGCAUUUUCCCUUCGCCGGUCGUUGCAACCUCGGCAACUUCAGUUCCAUAUUAUCCGACAUUUCCGUCCCACAAUGCAUACCCACUCGCAAUACCAGUCGCGACACCUUUUAACGCAACACCUUUCACGGCCAUGCCACAAAUGAGCUAUCAAGAGAAUUCGCCAAAUGACGAUCCCUCGAGUACCACAGUGUUUGUUGCGGGCCUCCCAGCCUGUAUCACCGAAGAAAGUUUGAAGACGUUUUUUCAAAACUUCGGGGAGAUCGCAUAUGUCAAGAUUCCACCCCACAAAGGCUACGGGUUUGUGAAAUUCGUUCGGCGGGAGGACGCCAAACAGGCUAUCAUCAAAAUGAAUGACUUUCCUAUUCAUGAAAAAUCACGAAUCAGGUUGAGCUGGGGCCGAUCACUGGGCGACAAGAAAGUUGAAUACGUCAAAAAGCUAUCGUCGACGCUUGGGAUUUCGUUUGAAUCUGUCUGGAAAAUUGUACAAGGGCAGGAGCCUGCCGCAAUCAAGCAGAUUGUCUCUACCGUAUGUGGCCGCAGUGUCGACCAGCCGUAUGAGCAAUCAAAUCCACCACCAGCCAGCGCAUUAGAUCAGUUGUACCAAGUUGAUUUUUCCCCCGACUUAAUCACGCCCGUUGCCCAGAGUCCCACCUGCCCGAUUAAUGCCUUUACAAGCGUACUAAUGCCUCCCUCGUCCGCCAACCUGGCCUACAAGAACACUUCACAUGAGCUCCCGGGACUGUCGAUCCGAACCGAAGAACCUCGUUUCCCAAGCGUUUAUGCUACCGCGAACGAAACACCGAAAGAACUCCGACAACGUCCAACGCCCGCCCGCACGUUAGAGUCUUCUCUGCCCUUUAAUUCGCGCCCCAAAGCGCUUUCUCAAGGCUCUGGGUCAGCUUCUCUCCCUCCCCCGUCGUGGACCAUGCGCAACUCCUGGCGAGAAUUGUUUCCAACUGGGAGGUUUUCCCAACCUGUCGAGAGUCCCACUAGUUCGGCUGACGGCAUUCGCUUCCCUGAUGGCAACACUAGCCGUCGGGCAACAAUCCCUUCCGUUACGCCUUCCGCCUUCCAUCACGAGCACAUACCUCCGUCUCAGCGAUACCAAGCGGGAUCUCCUGGGAGCGCUCUCCUCUCAAGUAGUCAAGCCAGCUCUAUGGAUAGCUUGGAGGCCUCUACUUUUGGAUUCAAAAAUGCCAUAACAGAUAACAUCUCUGUUGUCAAAAAGAGAGACGAAUAUCAUUUAGGCUGCGAUGGAUUUCUUCAUGGUUUAUUGGAAGAGGAAAGUCGCGAGGGUGCAGCUUCAGAUUACGAACCUUUCACAUUUUACAAAGCAAAUCAUUCACAUGUUCGCGGUGACGCAUUAGUAUCAGAUCUAUCUGUGUGGAGUACCCCUUCUGUAGCCAAAUCAUCCCCAUUAUCCGAAAAAGACGGUUCAGAUUGGCCUAGGACGUUUUUGGGAUCGAAUUCGACAUCCGAAAGUCAAACCGUGAAGAAUAUAUUUGAUUCAGCGUUCAAAAUUUCAUCCCAGUCGCAUCAAACCCGCGAGACGGACGACUGUAGUACAGAUACCUCAACGACCCGCUUGGAUACCUGGAGUUUCCCAAGUAACGUCGGCGAUCGAAACAAUUCUAUCAAACCAAAACUCCCCGACUCGCUCGCACAAGAUUCAAUCGCUUUCGAUACCGGGAUCAAACCGUUAGACAACUUUUACACUCUAUCACUGUGA